UUCCCCGACCUUCGCCACUGCAUCUUGCGUGGGCACAUGGCGCCCAGCAGAGGCGGAUGGAUCGGCUGGUCGUAUUUCAUUGAGCUGGUGGUUGGUAUCCAGACGCCCUGGUAUUUCGAUUGCUCCAACAAUCCAGAAUGGAAUUCCUUCCGACAACGCUUCGACAAGUUCUGGAAGCGUUUCAACUCUGAGGACCCGCGAGAUCGCGAGAGAGAAUGGAUGGUUUCUGAAGUCUCAGACGUGCUUCGCGAAGCGAAUGUCCUCGGCAUGCGCUACGAGCCGACCUUCGUGAAAUAUGCCAGCGAUUGGUCGGUGUUUCACCUCUGUAACCCUGACAGUUUGUUUCAGGUGCCAGAGGACCUCCAACGGAACUUUUGCUUUUACGGUUUCGCCACGGUGCAGUGGAUGGGUUUGUUUGGACAUCAGAUCUUCAGCAAUGUCCCAGGCAUGUCUGAAUGGGCACACAAUGCCCGAGGUUUCUUGAACGAUGCCUCGAAGUUCAAUGCCAUGCACUUUCUGGAAAGCAGUGGUUGGAGCGUGAAGAUGGUGGAGAUGGCGAAAGCGGUGUCAGUGACCUUCAUGGCCAACUCGGACUACAGGGUCUCCCGUGACGCCGCCUUACCCAUCGCGACCUUGACGCCGGGACGGGUUUUCCGGGCCUCCCCGGUGCAUACCAGGCUGUCAGGGCUCAGAACCUUGAAAGCUGUCGGGAUCUCGUACCAUACUGCACUGAUCCGCGAACCGCUGACCUUUUGGCAACACAUGCUGACCCACGCCUUCGACAUUCAAAGCACCUUACACAUCCUGGACGUCACGGCCAAGACGGCUGAGGACGUGGCCAGAUUACACAGCCAUUGCCGCUUCAUUGGAGGUAGUUGGUGCGCUACCGACGAACGCCUCCUAGAGUUGAAUGAGACGCUCAACGCAUGUUGA